CUACAGUUCUCCUCAUCCUUUCAAUAUAGUAUCCCAAACGCCAGACCCCAUGCCUUCCUAUCUCCUCCCUAAUCUUCCCCAGCUUCUCUUUCUUUCAUUCCUCUUCACCACCCUUCGCACCGCCACUUCAGCCCCGAGCAACAGCUGGUACUGGUACAAUUGCUCCAUCACAUCCAACUUCACCACCCACAGCACCUACAAAUCAGACCUCCAACUCCUCCUCUCUUCCCUUUCCUCCGCCGCCAUCCCCACCGGCUUCUCCACCCAGUCCAACGGCCGAUCCCCGAACCAAGUCUUCGGCUCUGCUCUCUGCCGCGGCGAUGUCUCCCAAGACGAAUGCCAGUACUGCCUCUCCACCGCCGUCCAAGACAUCCUCCAGCUCUGCCCGUUGAGUCGAAGAGGAGCCAUUUGGUACCUAAAGUGCUUUCUCCGCUACUCUAGCAGCAACUUUACCUCUUCCAAAGACAACGAGACUUCAAGAUUUAGACGAUUCUCCUACAAGACGCAGAAUGCCUCGGAGCCGUUCUCCGCCGCGCUGUUGGGAAACCUGAUGACUGACUUGAUAGAGCGGGCGGCGUACAGGUCGGCACGGCUGUUUGCCACAGGAGAGGUCAAUAUGACGAGCUCCGAAACGCUGUACGGACUAGUGCAGUGCACGAGGGAUCAGUCGGAGGAUGACUGCCACCAAUGCCUGCAGCGGUCGGUGAACAUCAUGUCAACUUACUUCCCACGGAGCAUUGAAGCUGUGACGAUGGCUUACAACUGCUUCAUGGGGCACGCGACGUACUCUUUCUAUAAUCAAUCCGUCGGGGCUGCACCACCACCUCCGCCAGCACCGGAGGUGGAUCCCGGCGCUCCGCCGCCUAGAGGAAAGGACUCAGGGAAAAAGAACGUAGCCUUGGUCAUCCCGUUGGUUAGCGUGUUGGGGGUCCUCUCAGCCAUUUUCAUCUGUUCAUGGAGGAGGAGAACAUUUUUAAAAGUAUCCCGUAAGUAUUGCAUACGUCCAGUUUAAUUUGUACG